UCCAGACCAAACUCACUCGGGAAAGUGGAUACAUUUUUUCGGUUUGCUCUACGAGACCUCACCAUUUCCUCGAGUUAUUUUCACCCAAUCAUUAGCUACAGAAAAUCAGUUCCAGAUCUAUCCAGCCUACCAUGUCUGAACCGGAUUCUGGUUGUGGUGUUCCAGCCCAGAGAAGCUCACAGCGGGCUCCAGAGAUGCUGUCAGUGAAGCUGGGUGACUGCAAUCAAACAGUGGAACUCAAUGUGAUUGUCAAAGACGAGGAGGAGGAGAGAGAAAUCAAUGAGGGGGAGGAGGAAGAGAGAGAGGAGGCCAGGGACUCUGUUGACUCAGGAGAGAUCCCCAACCCAGACUCGGUCAUUUCCACAGAAUCAAUAAUACCACCUGGUUGUGCGAGUUACCCUUGUCCUCAAUGUGAGAAGAGUUUCAGUUCCUCAACUAACCUAAAGAAUCAUCAAAGAGUACACACUGGAGAAAAACCUUUUGACUGCUCUGCAUGUGGGAAGAGUUUCAGUGAGAAAGUAAACCUUAAGAGACAUGAGAGAGUACAUAGUGGAGAGAAGCCGUACCACUGCACCCAAUGUGGGAAGAGCUUCAAUCAUUCUGGAAGCCUUAAGGAACACGAGAGAAUACAUACAGGGGAGAAGCCUUACCACUGCUCUCUGUGUGGAAAGAAUUUUCGUGUCGCUGGAGGCCUAAAGAAUCAUCAGAGAUCACACGGUGGAGAGAAGCCUUACCACUGCACUCAGUGUGGGGAGGGAUUCACUCAGCUAAGAAGUCUUAAAAGUCAUGAGAGAAUACCCAUUGGAGGGAAGCCUGCCUGUGCUUUCAAUGUAAUUGUCCAAGAGGAGGAGGGUGAGAGGGACAUCAAUGUGGAAGAAAAGAGAGAAGUUGAGGGAGAGGAGGACAAAAGUGCUGUAGUAGACAGUGCAUGUCAGAGCAAAAACCAAGCUAUGAGGUCGCUCCAGGACAAGUUGUCUACAGAAAUAAAGGAACUUAAAAUCAAGAAAUUCAACCAAGACAAAAAAGACAAGGCCGAGGAUAAAGUCUACUUCUGGAGAAACCCUGACAAGAGAGGUCCUGCUCCUCCUCUCCAUGGCAGACGCAGGAGGGAUGCCGCUUACUUCGAUCCAUCCCGGUCUGACCAACACUCUACAACCAGCGCCUCAUCGGCUUCCAGUGGUAGUUUUUUAUUCAACGAGAGACUGGACGGACGGAAGGGCGGAGGUGGCCGCAGGCACGCACAUCGACGAGAUGCCGCACCCGACGGGGUAAGAAGAAACGACUAUCAGAGGCAGAGGAGACCGUUCACACGGUCCCAGAACCCACGGGACUGA